AUGGCUUUCAUGCUCAGACGUCCUUUUGCUGUUUCGACAGCUCUAAAGGAGGUCUCCAAGGCCUCCCACAAUCCUGUCCGCUUCCUUCACAACACUCCCAUCAAACCCGCUUCAGCUCCCAAGGCAUCGACAUCUGCGCCAUCGUCCAUCUUCGGCCGCUCUAGACAGACUUUCCAGGAUGCUUUCCGCCGGACGUACAUGCAGCCCGCUUACGGCGUCCCCCAGGGUGGCAACCUUACUCAGAGACUGCUCUACGGAGCUGCCAUCGUCGGAGGAACAGUCGUCGCUGCGAACUUGAUCUUCAACCGCGAAACGAGAGAGGAUGGCGGAAUGCCUCCUUACGAACGGAGCUACCUGAAUGACACUUUCCUGCACACCGGUCUGGGAGUCGGUAUCAUUGCAAUUGCCGCGAGAGCGUUGCACGCCAACGGCUGGUCGUUCCGUCUGAUGGCUACCAACCCGUGGGCUGUGGCCGGUCUCGGUCUGGUUGCCAGCAUUGGUACCAUGUACGGCACUCUCUACACUUCUCCUGACAACUAUAUCGCAAAGUACGCCCUUUGGGGUGCCUUUAACGUGACCCAGGCUGCUCUUCUGUCCCCGCUGAUGUUCGUCAACCCGGCUAUCCUUGCUCGCGCUGGUCUCUACACCGUUGGAAUGAUGGGCUCGAUCGCUUUCGUCGGUGCCACCGCGAAACAGGAGAAGUACCUGUACCUUGGCGGUCCCCUUCUUGCCGGUGUCACCAUCGUUGCUCUCUCCGGUCUCGCUCCUCUGGUCCUUCCCGCCACCGCUGCCCGCACUCUGAUGUGGUCUGAGCGUAUCUGGCUGUAUGGUGGUCUUGCUGUCUUCGGUGGCUUCACCCUCUACGACAUCCAGAAGAUCUUGCACCACGCGCGUCUUGCCGAGCGUGGCAUUGUCAGGAGGGACGUUGUCAACGAGAGCAUCAGUCUGGAGCUUGACUUCCUGAAUAUCUUCAUCCGCAUGGUCCAGAUCCUGGGCAUGCAGCGCCAGAACCGCAAGUGA